AAGAAGAAGAAAUCUCUGAGUGGGAUCACUUUAAAGCGCGGAUGUGUUCGAAAAGAUCGACCGCCUUCCACUCCGACGCGACCGGAUAGAAUUCAAGGCCCAAAAGAAAAAAACGAAGGAAUAUCAUCAAUUCUGCCCGAGCCGAAAACGAGCGAGCAUAACAGCAAUUCGUUCGUUCGUUCGCUCGUUCGUUCGUUCGUUCGUUCGUUCAUUCGCUCAUCCAUCCAUUAAGGAUAAGGGUUUUCUGGAAAUGUCAUUCCGGGGGAGAAUGGGAGAACGUACCGAGAAUUAAGAAGUGAGCGUUCAAACCCGCUACGUGUAGUCACUUUAGAUGAGUGGGUACACUAAUAGCCUACCCUUGAGGUGUCGUUAUGUUGUGACGAGGAGAAGUGAUGAAAGCCCAUAACUCUCGGCUUGACAACUGGUGGAGCACAUGGCCUUUGAGGAGGCCCAAUAACGGCCCGGUGUCGGGCAUAUACAUUUGUGAAAGUGAUUCCCAGAAUCCUGGUGUCAGGAGAAGUAAAUCCGGUCAACAGGCUUGGAACUCGGAUCCCACUCGACGGGAUCGAGGAUUCAUUCAUUUGAAGGCGAAUCCUCACGGCAUUCAGAGGAACAAUGGACAAGCCGUGGCUGGAGAAGGUCAUCGGGUGGGUUCGCCCAAAGUGGGCUCGGAGUUCGUAUUGGAAAAGCUUCGAUUGGCCAGCUUGUUUCGUCAUUACUACCCGGAAGGCCAUUGGGGUUACGUGAUUCUGGUCUCAGCCACGCUGUGCCAUUUCUUCAUGAAUGGAUUUCAGCUUAGUUUUGGUACGGCCAGCCUUCACAUAGGAAAGCGGUUUCUAAACCGCACGUCAGAUUCGAUGGGAGGAAAUACCAUAGCCUUGGGUUGGUUGGGAGCCCUGAGCUUGUCCACGUCGCUCUUCAUUUCUCCCAUGACGAUCGCCAUUUGCCGCAGAAAAUCCACCCGGCUGACCGCGGUUCUCGGCGGCCUAAUUACGGCGUUAGCCUGCCUUUUUACCUCAUUUGCCAGUCAGUUCCAUCAGUUGUUCUUCAGUUAUGGCCUAAUGAUGGGCAUUGGCGUGGGAAUGACGCGAGACCCGGCCACUCUCAUGAUCGGUCAGUAUUUCAAGAGGAAACGCGAAUUGGUCGAAAUCAUCCUCGUGUCUGGAAGUGGAUUGGGAUUGACUGUCAUGUCCAUGUUCUUGCAUCGAAGUAUGAGCUCGAUCGGAUGGCGUUUGGGUCUUCAAGCUGUAUCGGGUGUCAUUUCCGUGACGUUCAUUUUGGGUACAUUCUACCGGUCAGCUUCAUUGUACCAUCCCCAGAGAAGAGCCAUCCUCCACUUGAAAAGUCAAAAGAGGAAAAUCAAGAACAAAGAUAAGGAGAAGAACAAGGCCCAGGAUGAACGGCCUCCUUACUUCGAUUUCAGCACGCUCAAGAGCCGAACCAUUCAAAUCCUACUCAUUGCUCUUUUUGUGAGCUCUUUCGGGCUCUAUGCACCUCUCCUAUAUCUGGUUCAACAAGCUUAUAUCGAAGGCAUCUUCGGACCAUCUCUAAUCUACCUUCAGGCCUAUUUGGGUCUCGCUUGGUGCUGUGGAUGUGUGGUGUUUGGACUGGUGGUGGUGAGCAAAUCUAAGGAAUGCUCCAUUUCCAAGCAAUAUCUUUGUCAGACCGCGUUGUUCUUGUGCGGGGUGUCCAUUUUGGCUUUCACGGCCGUGAACGGUUACAAUGGCUAUGUGAUGUUUGUGUGGAUCUACGGUUUCUUCUUGGGUGGCUUCAAUUAUGCCAUGAAACUUUACAUCUACGAAAAAGUGCGUGCUCGAAACUUUGCUCGAGCUUGGGGAUUUGCCCAAUGUGCCAUGGCGAUCCCACAACUUUUGGGGGUCCCCAUCGUAGGUUAUCUCAACGUCCACAUUGGUCGUCAAGUGGGGUUCUAUGUCAGUGCCGCUUCAGUAUUGUUAGGGGCCUUUGUGAUGUGUUUCAUCACGGUUCAUCGCAAGAACCUGCGUCGCAAGAAGAGGCGCCUGCGUCAAAAUAGUCGAAAGUCCAUUGGCACCAAUUCCUUAGGACAAGCGUCCAACUCGGGUUGUGGCAUCCAUGACGCCCAAUCUCAACUAGGCCGAUGCCAUCAAGAUCCCGCGUCCAACACACCUUCGCUCAAGACUUUGAGCCACGGACGAGGUGCCCAUCCCGUCUUUUCAGGAUUAGAUCCUCGACUCUCACAUUCGGAGCACGACAAUGUGGAUCUGAUGGUGCCCAUUGUCAGCCUCUUGAGUCACCCUCACUCCUUAAACUAUGAUGAUCUCAUUGAUCUGGGGAAUCCGCCCGGAGAGGCAUCCAUUUUUUCUGAGGAAGGGAUUGCGGAUAUGGACUUGCCCGAGAAUCUCUUCUUGGAUGAAUUGGAAUACCUGGACAACAUCACAUCGUGCAAUAAAGUGGAAAAUUGUCUCAUGCUCAGCGAGUACGAGCAGAACCUCAUCAAGGAGACCGAGAGUCCAACUCCCGGGGCCAACGGGGCCCGGCGAACUCGCAAAUGGUCGCUGUUUCGACAACCCAGUGUCGUAAUAAGUAGUCAAACGGAAACACCUCCAUCUCUUGGGAGUGGUCGCAGGCGUUUUCAAAACGCCUCGCACACCCAUCCUGAGAAGGAAAUUCCCGUGUUCUCAAAUACCAACCGUCGUUUACCGAGUCAGGGACCAAAACGCACCAUCACCGUCAUCGAAGAGGCUUCAAUGUAAACGACGAUCCACAUCGAUCUUGACGAUCUUGAUCCGUCCUUUUGAGCGCCGCGUUCCAGACCCCAAUGGCUUUUAGACCUGGACCUCCUUUCCCUUUUUUCUUCAAUUAUGCAAACCUUGGCUGUGAUACUCAUAUGAAUGAUUUAUAAGCUACAACGAUUGUCCUAGACUCAAUUUAGUCAACUUACCCUAGCCCGGGUGGAGUUUAGCCACUCCACCCACCCCCAUGAAGUGUAUUAUUUCCGAUUUGCUUUAGAACUGCCGCCGCACUGUUCUAGUGGUUGAAAAAGCAUGGCUUUAAAUCUCAAACAACAAAUGCUGUAUGUACGUAUGCAAAACUGCUGUACUACGUAUUCGUUCCGUAUUGAAUGUGAUACAUGAUUGAUGAUGUGUUAGUCGCCAUUGCCUUCCAUUUUUCAUCGUGUAAAGUGAAUGCCGUAGUGCUCAAAUUUUUAUGCUAGUCAACCAAAGAAUAAAGAUGGCCACUUUA